UCUUCAGUUAAACGCAGAACUUCUUACGGAGAGCAUCUUGGCAAGAUUGCGCAGAUAAAUAAAGUGAAAAUGUUUGGACCAGUUUUAGCAAAGUGAAGAUAGUUAACAACUGAUUGAUUGAUUAAUGAAUAUCAAGCUUUGAUUAAACCUAAACUAACUAUGAAAGCUAUCGUAUUUUUCUUAACUUUAUCGUCCGUGUUUGCAGAUAAAUGUGAGGUGCCAAGUCUAGAAAAUGGAAUUGUAAUUGGACAAGGAACUAGCGAUAGAUGGAUGGGUGAAUUCAGCUGUAAACCAGGUUACCUAUUGGUUGGAAACAGGCUACUAAAAUGUGGAAGAGGAGUUUGGAGUUCAAAGAGCCCUUUUUGCGCAGCAAUUGGUAGAUGUGAUCCUAAUGAUCUUCCCGAGAUAGUGAACGGACAGAAGGUUAGAGUCAAGCAAUUCCGUGGAGCAGUUUACAGGUAUGAGUGUGAGAAUGGGUUUUACAUCUAUGGUCAGAAGCAGGUGCAUUGUAACGGCAACUCAUGGGAUCUCAGGGCAGCUCCUGUAUGUUCAAAUACCGGAUGUAAUGAGUCGCUGGUUGAAAACCUUGAAUUUGGGUUUAGUAAACGUUUAGCGGAGGGAGGAAUAUACAGAUAUGAAUGCAAGAGAGAAGCUACUUUGAUUGGAUCGCCCAUGAUAUUCUGUGAUGGAAAGCACUGGAAUGACACUGCUCCAAGAUGUACAAUUGGUCCAGCCAAUGUAAAGAUAUCUGGACCGAAUGACUUGAAGUUAAAUAUUAAAUCUGAGUUGAACUGUGAGAGUGAAGAAUCUGUUCCUCCAGCCGAGAUCUCCUGGACAAUCAAGGAUUUUAGAGGAAAUAAUUUGUCCCACCUAGGAGAGGUCUCUCAAUCCAAGGUGUACUGGGUUGAAAAAGGCUGGCGUACGAUAAGCACAGUUACUCUAAAACCGAUGCAAGCUUUUCCUUCUUUAUUGGUUACAUGUUCUGGCAGUACUGAGAACGAGGUUAAUUUGGUGAUUGACACCAAACUACUCAAUACUCAAUAUCCCCCAGAGACAGUUAGAGUAUAUGGACAGGACAUGGGAAAAGAUGGAGAGAUACUAUUGCUAGAAUGUGAUAGUUCCCCUAGUUAUCCACCUUCUUCUUUGUCAUGGAGAAUUGAACAGGAUGGAAAAAGUAGUAUUGUUCUUGGACAGGAAAUACUGAAAAGAAAGGAUGAUGGAAGCUUCAUGACACGGUCACUUCUCAGCAUAGUAGCUUCACAUGAUUCUAAUCAUAGCAUGGUAGUUAAAUGUUCUGCCUCGCAUCCUCUCCUAUACGAUGAUCAAGUUUCAUAUACUCAUACCAUUCAGAUAUUGUGCCCGCCCGGAGUCCCGAAAAUAAGUAGCCCUGUAAAGUCCCUUGAAGUAGGUCGACAGCAACAGCUAAGCUGUUAUACAAAGGCUGGAAAUCCACCUGCUCUGUUACAAUGGUAUAAUGGGGAUCAGUUGUUAGAGAGUCAAUACAGAUUGGAAGGAGAUAUAGCAGUUGCAAAUGUAUCUUUUGUGUUGUAUAAACCUGAAAAAUUUACAUGUGAAGCAACUAACGCAGCAGUUAAUGAGCCGGUCAGGAAAUCAAUCGAGAUAAAUGUACAAUAUAUAUCAACAACUUCAUCUACCCCGGAGAAAAAAACUACUACUUUUACUACUACUACAUCCACUAUGAUAUCAUUAAGAGCGACAACAAUUAAUAACUCAACAACAUUAAAUGGUGAUUUAUUUAAAGACCAGUUUCGUCAAAAUUCUUCGACGAAGAGAUCUAGGAUCUAUGAUGAAUAUGACUACAGUCACUUUAACUAUGUUAACGAGCUAAUGAACCAGAGUUUUGUAGAAACUAUACUAGAGGUCGGUGACGAGUAUUAUGAGGACAUGUUAGGAGAGUACGAUGGUAAUCAAGAGGUUUAUGAGGACUUGCAAGAGAAUAGCAAAGAACCUAAAGAAAACUACGAUGAAUAUCAAAAGGAUUACAAGACAGGUCAAGAGGUAUACCAACCAAAAUAUAACGAACUCCUGAAAUUCUCCGAAGAAUCAAAAAAUGCAACAGAAGUAACAAAAUUAAGUGGCAUCCAAAAUCAAAAUCAUGGUAACAAGGAGACAUCCGCUGAAAAUUUGCAUAGAAAAUACAGCAUGAAUGAAAACAUUGAAGUUGUUGAGGUUAUUGGGGAGGACCUAUUUGACAAAAAGGAAAAUGACAGUAAACCUUUCAACCGAGAAACACAGCAUGUCUCCAACGUCAAAAAGAAAAUGAAAAACAUAGAAAACGAGACAUUUGUUAAAGGAUUCCGAUUAACUAUGAACAAUACUGGGUCUGUCCCGGUCCUAUCCCCUCUAAACCUCUUGAUAAUCUACACGUCUAUCUACUAAAACUAAACUAAACUAAACUAAAAGUAUAAUGGGAGGGUUCAAAGAAGGGAUUGUGCUGUACGGCCUGAUGUAUGGCUGUGAAAACAAUAAUAAACAUUUAAAAAUGA